AUGUUUGGUACACUUGCAAGGCUAGGCCUCGACGCCUUAACUUCUUACGAAGGGCAAAGCGUCUUCCCACUGGCUUGGGUGCAAGCCACCGGCUGCCUGGUCAUGGGUUCCCAUUCCCCGCCAUUGUACACUGCUAUGUUGGAACGAUCCCCUCUGUUAGGCUUUUGCGGGUCAUUGACGACGUUCUCAUCUUGGAACUUAGAUAUGUUCUUGGCCUUCUCGAAUGCUUCUGGGCUUCGACGAAUCUGGCUUUGUGAUGUAGGUAUCACUUUCGCUCGGCCUCCAUCUCACGAAACUCGUUCUUCCUUUCCUCCCCGUCAAGCUCACGCCCCUCAACGCAUUAUAUCUACUCUAUCAAUAGCUUCCUACAUCUUAACGACCCCACUCUAUUUUAUCUUGUCACGCACCUUCCGACCUCAAGCGACUUCUGCCUUGCUCUUUGCUUUUCCAGGAACCCUCACCCGGUAUAUCCUCUCAGGUUUGGGCGACGGUUACUGCGGGUGCUUGAGCACCGUGAGCACCUUUGCAAUUGAGGUGAGAGCAUUAAAAAGGAAUAUGCAACCGCUAGUCUCAUAG